ACUCGUCACACCGGGGACCCUCCUUGCCCAGCCCCAGGGAUUUAAAACCCAGGAGUCCUGCCUCCCCCACGCCCCCAAGGCCAGGCCACAGGGGGGCGCCCCCAGAGCUCUCCAUCCCCCAUGGAGAAUUUGCCCCUGAGGGGGGCAGAUCCUGCCCCCAGGCCUGGGGUGGGAGAGGUGCCAGCAAGGUGCUGCAGGGGGGCAGGAUGGAGCCCCCCGCCCAGCUGAGCACUGUCCUAUUAACCCUUUCAGCUCGGGGGUGGGGGGCCAGGCAGACCUCUGACAUUAACCCUUUCUUGCUCCUGGCUGCCCCGCCCCACGCAGAGGGGGUUAACCCUUUCUGUGCCCCAGGGCUGGGACUGGGAGGGAGGGGCACCCCUGGGAUUAACCCUUUCCGCUCUGUGGGGGGGCACGAACCCCUCCUGGUACCCCAGUAGCUGGGCUGGGGGUGCCCCCCCUCGCCCCCAGGUUAACCCCUUCAGCUCUGCAGGGAGACUCCCACCCCUUGGAGAUUAACCCCUUCUGCUCAUUGGAGGGGGGGGUGUCUCAGACCUUAACCGCCCCCCCCCCCACCCCGCAUUAACCCUUUCAGCCCUGGGGGGGUCUAAAACCUCAACCCCCCCCUCCAGAUGAUCCCCCUCUGAUCCCCAGGGUUUAACCCCUUCUGCCCGGGGAUCCCAGGGCUCUCCCCGAUUAACCCCUUCUGCCCCGGAGCCGGGCGACCCACCCCCUGGCCCGGGCUUAACCCCUUGUGCCCCGGGGCGGAGGGGGCGGGCUGCCCCCUCAUUAACCCCUGGCGCUCCGGGCGGAGCAGCCGCGGCCCCGCCCCGCAGGAAGCCGGCCCGGGGCGGGGGUGAGGGCGGCGGCCGCGGACCCGGAGCCGGCGCCGGAGCCAUGAAGCCAGGGAAGGGGCCAGAGCCGCACAGCUUCCGCGAGAAGGUGUUCAAGAAGAAGCACCGGGCCUGCGCCGCCUGCAAGGAGCCCGUCGAGGCCCAGGGGCUGAUCUGCAAAGUGUGUAAGAUUGCCAGCCACCGGAAAUGCGAAGCCAAGGUGACAUCGUCCUGCCAGCCGGCGCCCCCUCCUGAGCUGAGGAGGAACACGGCUCCGACGCGGCGCAUCGAGCACUUGGGCUCCACUAAGUCCCUAAACACGGGGAAGCAGCGGAGCACCCUGCCCAGGAGCUUCAGCCUGGACCAAGUGAUGGAGCGCGCCUACGACCUGGACCUGACGUACAUCACCGAGCGCAUCAUCUCCGUCUUCUUCCCCCCGAGGCUGGAGGAGCAGCGCUACCGCGGCCACCUCUGCGAGGUGGCCCAGAUGCUCAAGUCCAAGCAUGAGGACAAGUACACGCUCUUCAACCUGUCGGAGAAGCGCCACGACAUCGCCCGCCUGAACCCCAAGGUGCAGGAGUUUGGCUGGCCGGAUGGGCACGCGCCCCCCCUGGACAGGAUCUGCUCCAUCUGCAAGGCCAUGGAGAACUGGCUGCACGCGCACCCCCAGCACGUCGCUGUGCUGCACUGCAAGGGGAACAAAGGCAAGACGGGCGUCAUCGUGGCGGCCUACAUGCACUACAGCAAAAUUUCUGCCAGCCCAGACCAGGCACUGAGCACGCUAGCCAUGCGCAAGUUCUGCGAGGACAAGGUGUCCGCAGCCCUGCAGCCCUCACAGAGGAGGUACAUCAACUACUUCAGCGGGCUGCUAUCGGGCGCCAUCAAGAUGAACAGCCACACACUGUUCCUGCAUCACGUCCGCGUGCCCGCCCUGCCCACCUUCGAGGCCCAUGGAGGAUACCAGCCCUUCCUGAAGAUCUACCAGUCCAUGCAGCUUGUCUACACCUCUGGGAUCUAUAGCCUGACUGGCCCUGGCACCCAGAAGCUCUGCAUCACCUUGGAGCCAGCCCUGCUGCUGAAAGGGGACGUGAUGGUGAAGUGCUACCACAGGCAGAGCCACGGGGCCGAGCGGGACGUGGUUUUCCGGGUGCAGUUCCACACCUGCACCGUCCACGGCUCCCAGCUCUGGUUCAGCAAGGAUGAGCUCGACGAGGCCUGGACAGACGAGCGGUUCCCCUUCGAGGCCAGCGUGGAGUUCAUCUUCUCCUCGGGCCCCGAGAAGAUCAAAGGCUGGGAGGCAGUGGGCAACGGCCCCGGCGUCAGCGUAGACUACAACAUCAGCGAACCAGCCGUGCGCUGGGACUCGUACGAGAGCUUCAACGUGCACCACGAGGACAGCCUGGAAGACCUGUCGCACACGCAAGGGCCCCUGGACGGCAGCCUGUACGCACGGGUACAGAAGAAGCGGAGCCUGCCAGGUCCCGUGGGCAGUGCCAGCCCUGAGUCGCCCCCGCCGGCACGUGGCCUCCUGUCCGUGAGCAGUGACUCGGGCCACUCGUCCAUGUUGACGGAGCGGGCAGACGAGGCCACGCCACCCGCCCGCGCCCUGCCAACACCCGCCGAGCGUGAGGAGCUCGACCGCCUCCUGGACGGCUUCGGUGUGCCGUCCCCCCGGGCUGAGCCGGAUUGUCUCCCUGGCAAUGGUGCCCGGACCCGGGAAACAGCCAUCUUGGAUGACGAGGCCACGCCGGGGCCCUACCCCAUGCGGCGCCGUGGCCUGGCUCGCCACUGCUCCUGCCACGCCGGCUACCUGGGCACUGCCAGCCCCGAGAGGCCACCCACCAGCAUCAGCUACAGGCCCGAGGGCACCCUGGAGCGCCGGCGCCCAGCUUACAGCGCCAACGGGCUCCCCCUACGCCCCGACGGCUUUGAGCUGCCCCAGGUGGGCGAGGGGGUGCCCUAUGCCGAGGCUGACAAGCGGCGGCUGUAUCGGUCCCUGUCGGAGGGGCCGAUGCCCCCCUACCCCUACGAGCGGCCGCCUGGUCCCGGCAGGGCGACUGCAUACCGGGAGCUGCUGCUGGCCGAGGAGCCCCCGGACGUGGCUCCGCUGUGCCCCUGCCAGGACUGCCAGGGCAAGGGAGCCCCUCCCGGCGCCCGCUACGGCCUGCGCCUGGAGCGAGAGCCCGAGGGCUGGGUGCCCCGACCUCCCCUGGCCCUGCCCCUGCUCCUGCCCUACACCCGAGGGCACCCCGAAGCCUUCGAGCUCGAGCCCCCUCAUGCCAAGGGGCCCGGCGGGCACUUCACCCGUGCCUACGAGCCCCCGGAGCACUGUCGUUACCCCCGCUAUGCCCCCGCCUACCCACCGAUGUUGCCCCCUGGGUCCUGCCCUUGCUGCAGCCCCCGGGUUGCCCCCCGCCUCUGCUACAGCCCUGAGUGCCACAUGCACCCCCAGCCCGGCUCAGCCUCCCCCGACAGCACCCACGGCUACGAGCCCCCGGGCAUGGAGCCCGGCGAUGGAUACCUGCGACCUGGCCCCGUGCACCCUGAGCUGCCACCGCCCGGCGAGGGAGCACCUUGGAGAGAUGUCCCCGAUGGCCCAGGCUCCUUGCGGCGUCCUCCGCGGGAGCCCUGCAGCCCCUGCCUGGCCCCUCCCAGCCUGCCAGAGCCACCUGCCCCCCUGCACACCAGCAGCCCCGUGCAGAGCCAGGACAGCACCACGUACGGCGCCCCGGAGAGCCCGGCACCCCCCAGCCCUGCGGAUAUGGCCCCAUCCAGCGCCACCAGGACCCUGGAAAGGCCUCCAGCUUCUUCAGCGGGGGCAUCUGGCCUCAUGCCCACCCUGUCCCCGCCGCACAGCUUCACCCCACGGGCCCAGCCCAACGGCCCCUGUCCUCGCACCCGCUACCCCCCCAGCCCCCCGGCGGCCUCCCCUGAGCCAUCCCCCCCCAGGCUGGCAGCUGAGGGGACCUCGGGCUCUCCCCCACCCACCAGCCCUGCCCCACGGAGCCCCUUUGCCAGCUACCGAGCCGUGGCCACGCUCCGGGCCACGCCAGCCCACAACGGGCCCCCCCAGGCUGAGCCCCGGCCAGGCACCCUGCCCCGCUGUGCCGGCGGGAGCCCCCUCAGCACCCAGCCACCAGCCUCCCCGGAUGCCCAGGGGUCACCCACGCCGGCCUUCCCACUGGCCACGGCAUACUACACGGGGCGGGAAAGCAGCCCCCAGCCGCAGCCGCAGCCACCCCUGCCUGAGAAGCGCCACGCGGUGCCCGCAGGACUGUGGGAGAGGAGCCCCCUGCCCAGCCGCAGCCCCGGGGCCCCUGCCCACGUCAGCUUCGCCCCCGACGCCACCACGCCAGACCCGCAGGCAGAGGGGCCCGGCCACAUCCAGUUCGUGCAGGACACAUCCAAGUUCUGGUACAAGCCCAGCCUGUCCCGGGACCAAGCUAUCGCCCUGCUCAAGGACAAGGAGCCGGGCGCCUUCCUCAUCCGUGACAGCAACUCCUUCCAGGGCGCCUACGGGCUGGCACUCAAGGUGGCAACGCCCCCGCCCAACUGCGCCCCCCACUCCUCCAAGGGGGACCCCAUGGAGCAGCUGGUGCGGCACUUCCUAAUCGAGACGGGUCCCAAGGGUGUGAAAAUCAAGGGCUGCCAGGAUGAGCCCCACUUUGGCAGCCUGCCGGCCCUGGUGUCACAGCAUGCCAUCACCCCCAUCUCACUGCCCUGCCGCCUGCGCAUCCCCAGCAAAGACCCCACGGAGGAGAGCCCGGAGGUGGCCGUCCCUGCCAACAUGAGCACGGCCGCCGACCUGCUGCGACAGGGGGCAGCCUGCAGCGUGCUCUACCUCAGCUCGGUGGAGACUGAGUCGCUGACAGGGCCACAGGCCGUGGCCAAGGCAGCCAGCAGCACCCUGGCUUGCAACCCGCGCCCGCCCGCCGCUCCCGUGCACUUCAAGGUCUCGGCCCAGGGCAUCACCCUCACUGACAGCCAGCGCAAGCUCUUCUUCCGGCGCCACUACCCUGUCAGCAGCGUCACCUACUGCAGCACCGACCCGCAGGACAGGAGAUGGACAAACCCAGACGGCACCACCUCCAAGCUGUUUGGCUUCGUGGCCAAGAAGCAGGGCAGCCCCUGUGAGAACGUGUGCCACGUCUUCGCCGAGCUGGACCCCGAGCAGCCGGCCGCCGCCAUUGUCAACUUCAUCACCAAGGUCCUGCUGGGCCUGCACCGGAAGUGAGGGCCCCCCGCCCGGGGCACCCCGGACACCUGGGUCCUCUUUCUGGAGCACCUCCAGGCCUCUAGACAGCAGGCUCCCCCUGCCCCCCUUGCUGGAGGGAGCGGAGUGGGGCAGGGGACUACAGAGCCAGGCCUGACCCAGGGCACUAGCCCCACCUGCCCCUGCUCAGGGCUCCGGAUGCUGCCACAUCCCUCAAGGGACCGCAAAGCUAAAGGCCCCGUCUGCAGGAACCCCCGGACAAAGAGUUGAUGGAGUGGUGGAGGGGAGGCCACGUGGGGCAGUGGAGCUGGGAAAGGGGCCAUCUCAUCAGCCCCUGGCUGGGAGGGGGCCAGGGCCUGGCAGGGGGGCAACAUGCGGAGACCGGCUGCCCAGGCACCCAGGUUGUUCUCAGCUCAGUCCAGGCCACAGCACGGGAGAGCUGGGGUGAGGGGUUGGCCACUAGGCACUAGGACUCCUGGGUUUUGUGCCCACCUCUCCCCCGUCUGACAGGCCAUUAGCAAGCGCAGAGGGUCACCAGACAAUCCAGCCCCCAGCAGACAGGGCCCACCUGCACACCAUGCCCCAUGCCUGGCCCUGGUUGGGCCCGUGUGGGGGGAGAGAAGAGACAAAAAGCCGUGUCCCCAAACUUCCUUGCCCUCCAGGGCUGGGUGUACUUGGGAUGUGUCCAGGAGGGGAGGGUGGGAAAGGUGGGAGCAGAGCAGAGGGUCCUGGUGGGCCUGGCUCCUGGUGUGGGGCCAACACAGAGAACUCUAUUUUUGUCUAAUAAAGAAUUUAUAUGAGCUUUA